GUGGUGGAGUCGUUUGACGACGCAACUCGCAUGCUUAGGUUUUUUGUUCAGUGAAUUGCGUUUAGUGAUUGUGUAAACAUUUAUGUACAUAAUGCGUAAGAUGGCGAGGUCAAACCUGAGCUUAAAAGAAAAAAUUGAAUUAAUCAACGUUAGUGAGGAAAACAAUUUGUCUGUCCGCGCAUUGGCCGAAAGGUUCAAAAUUGGAAAAACGCAGGCUGCGCUGGUUAUUAAAAAUAAAGAAGAAAUUCGAACAAAAUGGAUGUCUGGGAGCAAUGUCGAAUCAAAAAGGUCAUUCAUGAAAAUCGAUGGAAAAAAAGUUGAUGAAAUGUGUUUAGACUGGUUCAAUAAGGCACGAAGCCAAAACAUUCCAAUAUCUGGGCCAAUAAUCCAAGAAAAAGCAAGAGAAAUUGCCCGAAAGCUGGGGAUUAAUGAUUUUGUGGCUUCUAACGGUUGGCUACAAAAAUGGCGGAGCCGUCAUAAUAUAACAUUCAAAUACAUUUGUGGUGAAAGUGCUGCUGUUGAUAUGCAAGAUGUGCAGCAAUUUUUAGAUAAACUACCAUCAUUUCUGAUUGGUUAUAGCCCUAGGGAUGUCUACAAUGCGGACGAGACAGGCCUUUUUUCAGAGCUUUGCCAAACAAAACAUUGGCUCUUAAAAAUGAAGUAUGCCGUGGAGGUAAACUAUCGAAAGAAAGGUUGACUGUCUUGCUUUUUGCAAAUAUGGCAGGGGAAAAAGAAAAACCCCUUGUCAUAGGGAAAGCUGCACGACCGAGAGCGUUUGCAUCAAUAGAUUUAAAAAAGCUUCCAGUAAAUUGGCAGUCCAAUAAGAAAGCAUGGAUGACGCGUGAAGUGAUGAUACAGUGGUUGAAAGAACUCGACCAAAAAAUGGAGUUGGAAAACAGAAAAGUACUUUUGUUUUUAGACAACGCAG